ACAUCAGUCUGCCACUCUUCCCCGUGGCCUGCGAUCUGCAAACAAUGUCGUCUGUUCUACACACAAACCAUUCCGUGUCCAGCAUUGACCUGGACAUCCCUCUCCGGUGCAAGUCCAUGCCCGUCCAUGAGAUCAACAUGGCCGUGUCCAGGAUCCUGUCCAGUGACAGCCUCAGGAAAGUCCGGCUUAGCAUGUUCGGCUCCUCUCGUCAGAAGCACGACCGCCCACCGAGUUUCUCCGAAGACGACCUUCGUACUCUGAAGCUGGGCGCCUUCCUGUCGUCCCUCUCUCUCACCGGGAACACUUCUGCCGCUCUUUUCCUGCAUCUAAUUUCAGUCGAUGUCGGCAGACACAAGAAUCUCGCUGCCUUGAGUCUUAACAUCAGCGAAUCAGAGAAAGACCCGCUUUGCUCCAGCCUUCUGUCUUCUUCGCUAGAAACGAUCUUCAAACAAAGGGGCACGGUUAACAAACUCCUGUUGAGCUACGGAUCAGCCUCCCUCGUUGUCCCGACGAUCCUGCGGACGACUGCCAUCAGGUACCUCAUUCUGGACGUCUCAAAGUUCCCGGAUCAGGACCUCUGUGACGUCAUAUCCGCCUUGAACCGGUCCAAGUCCAUGGAAUUCGUGGUGCUGUUCAGUGAAGUGGCAGCCUCCCAGGUCUAUGCUAACGCAGGCAAACUGUUACAGAAGGGUCCGAUCCGAGCGGUCGGGCUGCUGUCCAGGUUCCCCCACUCCUGUCAGUCGCCUUCUCACAAACCCGGCGUCAAGCGUAUGACUCUCAUUGCAAGUGACCAGUACGUCCCAACAAGCACCAAGGGAGCUAAGAUGCUACAGAUCGCAUUUGAAGAGUGGUUCGAUGAGAUCACCCGAGUAGACAUGAUGGCCCAGACUGACGUCAUCACGGCUGCACUGGACACGUUAAAGUUCCAGACCUGUCCAAAACUGGCCUCUAUUGGCUGGAACCAUUUCGAGGUUUGGUACAAAGUGUGAUUAAAAAAAAGUUACGUACGUUUUGCAGCAUUCAAGAUCAUUCGAAUGAAAUGUAUGAAAUACAUCUUUCAGCUGCUGUUAUUGGGUGCGACACAUUGUCUGUAGGACAGUACGUAGAUAACUUGUUUUAUUCAGAACUAUGCUUAUCUAGAACCAUCCUCAGGCACGCGGAUCUGGAUGGUUCGAGCAUAUCCAGAUUCUUGGAUACGCGGAGACUAUCCAGACUUGUGCCUGAUCCUAAAUGGCCGUAAUUCAUUCAGACAUAGAACUAGAUAGGCAUGGUUGUGGAUAUGAUAUAACGUCACCUGUUGUAGAUAUAGAAAUGUACAUGGUCAUGAUAUUGAACUAUGUGAAGCAGAAUGGAUUUAUGAGAUAGCAUGCAAACAUAAGAAGAAAGAGAUUAGAAUCAUU